CUCCCGGCAGACGCUUUUCAAACCCCGCUAUAUCCAGUCCAUGGAUGAAGCGAGUUCAGAAAGCCAGCUCCACUCUGAGCUCUUUUCUGGGGAUAAAACGACCGAAACAAGCCUCAAAAACCCGGCGCCAUCUUUAAACUAACGGCUGGUUUAUCAUAUCUUCCUGGAGAGGAUUAUAACCGCGAUUAAACAGGAACAAUGUUGUAAAAGGUAUUUUAAAAAACGCGUUUAAAGUCAGCAAAAAUCUGCAACAAAUCUGUUGGAAAAGGAGCCAACUGUCGUCCAACUUCUGAGACUGUGGGCAGGCUUCUGUCCUGUGGGAUGGAUGAGGUCCAGGAGCAGGAUGAGUAUGAGGAGCGUCUGAAGGAGGUGUUUCACAGUUUCGAUGCGAGCGGCUGUGGUUCUCUGAAUCCGGAGGAACUUUCUGACCUGUGCUGCUCUCUGCAGCUGGAGGAAGCUGUGCUGCAUUCACUGCUGCAGAGACCCCAGCAACACACCGACAGGGUCGACUUUGACCAAUUCAAGAAUGCUCUGAUUUUAGUUUUAUCAUCAACUUUUGAGCCAGCCCCAUCAGAACAGGAGACUCCGUCUAAACCAGACUCUCCUGAGAUCCAGCCGAAGUUCGUGAAGGGCAGCAAGCGUUACGGCCGCCGCACCACGCCCGAGUUCAUCGAGCAUCACUCCGACUUCCCUGACGUGAUGAACGCUGACGCGGCGCAGCACGAGGAUCUGCGGGACAGCGAUGACUCGGCUGUUCCCAGGAAGCGUGAGCGCUGGAACGCUCAUGAUACCAGCACAGAGGAGUUCGAGGCUGAAGGUCAAAUGCAGCUCUGGAACCCCGACGACCCCAUCACCCUCCGGGGGUCGGGGGUCCCCCUACUCCCCCCUGCUGUGCAGGAGAGGCUGCAGGACGCUUGCCAUCAGCUGCUGGUCAGCUGGGACGGCUCUGCAGACCACUCCCAGCUGAUGGAGCUCUGCCAACACCUCGGACUGGAGAUAAACGUGGACGUCUUCCAGAGUCUGACGGGUGACGGAGAGAUGAACGUUCAGGAGUUUGUCUCCCGGGUUUUAAAUCAGAACAAACCUCCGACACCGUCCGCCUCCACGCCGUACAGGCAACUCAAACGCCUCCACUCCACACAGCCGUUUGAUGAGGGCGGGCGUCGCACAGCGUCCUGUCCGCUGAGCAGCUCCAUCGGCCUGCGUCUGUUCUCCAGCCUGGACGACGGGAGCGGCUUCACGGCGGUGGAGAGCCUGCUGGACGCCUGGAUGGAGGAGGGCGUGGAGAACAGCCUGGAGAUCCUGCAGGCUCUGAACUUCGGUCUGGACGGGCGUCUGAGCCUCAGCGAUCUGACUCUGGCUCUGGAGAACGAGCUCCUCGUCACCAAGAACGGGAUCCACCAGGCGGCGCUCGCCAGCUUCAGAUCUGAGAUCAGACAUCUGCUAGAGCGUGUGGACAGGGAGCUCGGGGAGAAGGGCAGGAUUCGUUCUGAUCUGGAGAAAACCGAGAAACUAAAAGCUCAACUCGCUGUCGAGGUGGAUGAGAGACACGCUGCUAUAGAGCAAACCAACAACCAAAACCUCAGGAAGCUGGAGCAGGAUCACAGGGAGAAGCUGAGUGUGGUGCGCUCAGAUCUGAUGAAGGACAUGGAGCUGAUGCAGCAGCAGAGCGAUCAGAAGAGAGAGACCCUGGAGGCCGAGCUGGAGAAGAUCAGGGAGGACGAGUCCUUCCUCAGAGACCACCUCUCCAUCUCCCUCCAGGAAAACAGACGCCUUGAAAUGGAGCUGCUGGACAGCACCGACCACCUGGUGGCGGCUCAGAGUCAGAACACUAAACUGCAGACUAACCUGGAAAACAUGAGGAAAGAAAAGUUUGGAGACUUGGACCCCGGCAGCGCAGACUUCUUACUCCAAGAGGAACGAAUCAAAGAAUUACACAGCAGCUACGGAGCUCACUAUAGGGAGCUGCAGGAUCGUAUCGACGAGUUGCAGAUGGAGCUGCAGGAGUUUCACAGCGUGGGACGAGUUCUUCAGCCUGGACACAAAACGCUCUCUGAGGAGCUGGAGAGCAAGAGCCCCGGCAUGGAGUCUGACCCUGGUAUCGGGGCGGACGAGGUGCAGCCGUUCAGCAUGAGCCUGGAGGCGGAGAUGAUGUUGGAGCACCUGAAGGAGCAACACCUGCAGGAGAUCGAGGAGCUGCAGAGCCAGCUGGAGUGCAAGAUGAAUGAGUUUGAUGAGAUGCUGGUGAAGAAGAAGGAGGCGCAGGAGGAGCAGACGGCGUCUCUAGCACUGCAGCACCAGCAGGAGGUGGAGGCUCUGAGGGAGGAGAUGCUCGGCGUCCAGAAGAAAACACAGGAGCUUCAGAUCCGAUUGGAGGAGGAGAUCUCCACCCUUCAGAGGAGGCUCAACGAGGAGAAAGAGGAGAUGGACGUCCUGCAGGAGGAGCAGCUCACAGCGCUCAGGCAGCAGCUGCAGGAGGCACACUCCUACGCUGCUGACCUGGAGGAGCAGAUCAACACCAACAUGGACGAGGACGCUGUGGAGGAGCUGAGGAAGCAACAGGAGGAGGAGAUAAAGAAACUGCAGGAGGAGCAGGUGGAGCUUUCUGACGUCAGAUUAGAGGAGGAGAGGAGGAAGCAACGGGAGGAGAGGAGGUGGCUAAAGGACUUUGAAAAUGAGAAGGAGCUGCUGCAAGAAAGACAUACAGAAGAGCUGAAGGUCAGAUUAGAGGAGGCGAAGGUGAGGUUUGAGGAGGAGCAGGUGCAGCUCUCUGAGGCCAAGCGAGAGGAGGUGACGAGGAGGCUGCAGGAGGAGUUUGAGAAGGAGAAGGAGGCGUUACAAGAAAGACACAAAGAGGAGGUGAAGGUGCGACUAGAGGAGGUGAAGGUGACGUUUGAAGAGGAGAAGGUGCAGCUGGAGGAGCAGAGCAAUGAGUCCCUGCAGGUGGUGCUGGAGGAGGAGGUGUUGAGGCUGGUGAGGGAGCAGCAGGAGAAGGAGGCUGAGCUCAGGAUGCAUUGGGAGGAGGAGACAGUCCGGCUGCAGGAGCUCCACCAGGAGGCCCUGCUGCAGGAGAGGCUGACGCUGCAGGAGCUCCACCAGGAGGCCCAGCUGCAGGAGAGGCUGACGCUGCAGGAGCUCCACCAGGAGGCCCUGCUGCAGGAGAGGCUGACGCUGCAGGGGAGGAGUGAGCAGAGGGAGGCGAGGGUGAGGGAGGAGCUGGAGAGGGAGAGGCUGCAGCUGGAGGAGGACUAUGAGGGUAUGCUGCAGGAGAGGAUGGAGGAGGAGAGGGAGAAGCUGGAGACCCAGAGGGAGGAGGAGGAGAGGAGGGUGGAGGGUCUGAUGGAGGAGGAGACGAGUCGUCUGCAGGAGAAACAGCAGCAGGUGAUGGAGGAGGAGAGGAGUCGUCUGCAGGAGAAACAGCAGGAGGUGCUGGAGGAGCAGAGGAGUCGUCUGCAGGAGAAACAGCAGGAGGUGCUGGAGGAGCAGAGGAGUCGUCUGCAGGAGAAACAGCAGCAGGUGAUGAAGGAGGUGAUACUGAGGCACGCUGCAGAGAGGGAGGCGCUCAGCGGGGAGAUGGAGGUGCUGAGGAAGGACAUCGCUCAGGAGAGGAGGGACAUCGAGAUGAGCUUCAACAGGAGACUGCAGGAAGUGCAAAGUCGUUUCUCAGGCGAUCAAGAAUCUGUCGCCGAGCGUUUUCAGACAGACGUUUUAAAAAUGGAGCAGAGCAACCAGGAGGAGCUGAAGAGCCUCUCUGAUAAGCAGCGGGAGCAGGAGCUCUGCUGGGAGGAGAAGAUCCAGGAGGUCCUCGUUAAUGCUGAGGAGCAGAGGAGGAAGAUGGAGGAGGACGAGCAACGAGAGAAAGAAAGAUCUGAAGCCGGUCGCCUCUCUGAGGAAAACGGGGUCCUGCGUCAGAAGAUCGCUGCGCUGAAGGACGAGGAUUUAAAAGAAGUCCAGGAAGAGUUAAAACAAACAAUGGAGCACUUAAACAAAGGGAAGACUGAAGCUCAAACUGCAGCGGAGGCUUUCCAGAGACGGAUUUCGGAGCUGCGUUCCCAGAGCCGGCAGCUGGAGGAGCAGAACGGGAACCUGUCGGAGAAAAACUCCCAGAACCUUUCAGACGUGGAGAAUCUUCAGCAGCAGCUCUCAGACCUGCUGGAGGAGAGCCAGAGGAGGGAGGCGUUCACUGCCCACGAGAAAAACAAGUUGGCAGGGUGUGUGUGUGCUCUGGAGUCAGAGCUCACCAAAGCUCUGCAGGACUCUGCACAGCUGCAGCAGGCCGUCUCCCAGCAUGCACUGCAGCUCUGUGAACUCAGAGACCAGGCGGACAGAGUGGACUCCUUGGAGAGUUUGGAGAAGGAGGCUCAGGUCCAGCUGUCUGCAGCUCAGGAGAAGAAGGUGAAGCAUAACAGCGUCCGUCUGAAGUCUGACGUCCGUCACCUGCAGAAGGAGAGAGACUCCCUCAAACAGGAAGUCAGCGUGCUGCACAAACAGCUGCAGAACAGCAACGAAAAGAACCAGGUGCUGGAGAUGGCGCUGCACUCGAGCGGCGUUCAGAGCCGCAGCAGGAAGCUCUUCAGGGAGGAGAUGUCUCGUCUGCUGCAGCAGGAGCAGACGCUGCUGAAGGGAGAGAACCAGCGGCUGCAGACGGAGCUGCGCAGCGCCAAAGGAGAGCUGCGCAGCUCCAGAGACAAGGUGUGUGAGCUGGACGCCUCCCUGCUCUCCCUGGAGGCUCUGCAGCAGGAGAACGUCUGUCUGAAGCAGCAGCUGGAGACACACCGGGUCAUCAACACGGGCUCUGCAGCAGCACCCUCUCUCUCAGAUCCUGAGGCUCUGCAGAAGGAGAACGAGGCUCUCAGGACUCAGGUGGCUCGACUGUCCGCUCAGAUGAUCGAGUCAUUUCAGGCUCAGCUGGUGGGUCUGCUGCCUCUGUCUCCUCACAGGAUCCCCAGAGGAAAUCACAGAGGGGAGGAGCCGGACAACAUGCAGGCGCCGGUCCAGGAUCAGAGGGUCGCUCACUCUGACAGCUACCGGAGGAUCGGAGGACUCUAACAGCGCCGUCUUCCUCCUCCUCUUCUUCCUCUUCCUCCCUCUUUUUACUGCUGCUCUUCCUCCAUUCUGCUCCUCUUCCUCUGCUGUGUGGCUGCUUCUUUAUGGGAGACUGUGAUCAGAUGUGCUGCCUGAUUUAAAGGCUGAAUGUGUAAUUGUUUUUCUCCGCUGCUAGGUGGCAGGAAAACACAGAAAAAGGUGGAAAUAGGAAGUUUUCCCCAAUGGGAAUUAUGAUGGAAAUGAUAGUGACAUUUUUAAAGUUUGAAGGACAAGCCAUAUGAAAUGUAUACGGAAGCCCUGAGAGGCAAGUGAAGAAAAAACACUGAUUAUGAUUUCGGAAAAGGUGGUAAUACAUACAUACAAAUAAAAUCAAGUAAAAAUGUUCUCAAACCAGUGAAGUGAAAAAAGGUUUUUGCUGGUAAUGUAUUUAUUUGUUGUCGUUUUUUUGGGAAGCCAUGAACGGGAAUAUUUCAAAGAUAUUUCGUUCCUCCAUUUUCUGCAUUAUAACGGGUUAGUUGUGACGAAAGAGAUAAUGAUGUAAUGAAUUUGUGAAAUAUAAAUUCAACAUCAUACUCUAAAAAAUUAUAAUAAUGGAGAAAACAGUUUUCAUGAGAAAACAGCAGGGAAUUUUUUUUUUUUUUGGCCAUUUUUGCUUUCCGCAGUUUGCAUCCCAAUUAAACACAAAUAAAAAAAUAGGUUCCUUAAAAAAUCAAUAUAUACAUUUUAGAAUAUAUCUAUUUUGCCGGGAAGAUUUCACUACUUAAUUAUUAUUCCAUCUUAAAAAGAAUUAAGUGUAUGAUCCAUUUUUUUAUCAGGAUCAGUUUGAUGAUUUUGAUGAAAAUUCUCACAUUUUUUGUUCACGUUAUUUAGGUCAUAACAUUUAAAAAUACAAUGUAAAUAAAUCCUCACUUGCCUCAUGAAACAUCAGUUGUUUCUGGACUUUUAACUUUUUAUACUCAAUCCUAAAAUACUAUGUAGUUUGAAUACAGGGAAUGGUUUUUAACGCAGGGUGAAUUUUGUUUAAAUGCACUUGAACCGUUUAUUCUGAGACAGGGUCUUUUUAUUCAAAUAAAUCCUCAGAGGCUGAAUGUUUUUCUUUGCCUUGCGAUCAUCGAGGAGCCUUUUCUAACAAUCAAACUAAUCUGUAAAAAUCACGAAGCGUCACUCUGUGUCCACGAUGAGAUUUAUUCAUUAAUUGUAUUUUAUUAUUAAUGCCUGUAAUUGUUAUUUUAUUGUACACAUACUACCUGAUUCUGCUGCACAACCAAAGUGAACCACAGCUUCCUAAGUUAUUAUUUGUACUGUUUAAACACAAAUAAUGAAUGUUUAUCUGGUAUUUAUUAUUAUUAUAAAUGAUUGUUUGUCCCCAGUAGUGAUUUAUAAAUGUGUUGCUUUUGCACCAAAUGUAUUUUAUCUUUAUUUUGUUAUUUAUUUUUGAUAGAAUUCUCAUUAAAUGUAUUUUAUUUAUUGUAUGAUUUAAAUUAUUUUUUCGUAGAGGUAUCUGGAAUACAUGGCAUAAUUUUCUACCUAAUUAUAUUAAUGCUGAAAUGAAGAUAAAUAAAGUUUUAGCUUGUUAGAAAAUGAUCUGCUUGUUCGUUUUAUUUUCUCACACAUCAACUCAAAAUGGAAUCAAAUGAAUAUUUCAUUCAUAUCCUCGUGUUG